GACGGGCUCGCGCUGCUGAGACAGGCAGAGCACUGAGGACCGGUGGCGCGCGCUCACAGACUCCCUCUCAGCCACACACACACACACUCCCCAAACAAAGAAAAGCACGCGAGGCAGCACAGCAUCCCAACCCUUUCAGCCGCGAGCUCACUAGCAGAACCGCCCCCCCCCUUCAUCCCUCUCACACAGAACCGGUCCGGACCGAGGCUCGAGCGCACAGAACCGACAAUGACAACUAACGGCGCGACUAACGGAACCAGCGACAUGCUGCAGAUCCAGUUCGGUCUCAUCAACUGCGGGAACAAAUACCUCACGGCAGAGAUCUUCGGCUUCAAAAUCAACGCCUCUGCCUCGAGCAUGAAGAAGAAGCAGAUCUGGACCCUGGAGCAGAGCGGCGACGACUCCAGCGGGAAUGUGUUCCACCUCAAAUCACAUCUGGGCCGGUACAUCGCCGCUGAUAAGGACGGGAACGUCACUGGGGACAGUGAGACCCCGGGCUCGGAGUGCCGGUUCGUCAUCACCGCGCAUGAUGACGGCCGCUGGUCCCUGCAGUCGGAACCGCAUGGCCGCUACCUGGGCGGCACCGAGGACCGGAUCAUCUGCUUCGCCCAGACGGCCUCUGUGGCGGAGAAAUGGAGCGUGCACAUCGCCAUGCACCCGCAGGUGAACAUCUUCAGCAUGACGCGCAAGCGGUACGCGCACCUGAGCGGCAAGGUGGACGAAAUUGCCAUCGACCGGGACGUCCCGUGGGGGGUGGACUCCAUGAUCACGCUGGUGUUCCGCGAGCAGCGCUACCACCUGCAGACCUCCGACAACCGCUUCCUGAGGAACGACGGCGCGCUGCUCGCCACCACGGACAAGACCACGGGCUACACGCUGGAGUUCCGCUCCGGCAAGGUGGCGUUCAGGGACUGUAGCGGCAGGUACCUCGCGCCCUCGGGGCCCUCCGGUACCAUGAAGUCUGGGAAGAGCGCGCGCGUGGGCAAGGACGAGCUGUUCGUGCUGGAGCAGAGCCACCCGCAGGUUGUGCUCACCGCUGCCAACGAGAGGAACGUCUCUACCCGGCAAGGUAUGGACCUGUCAGCCAAUCAGGACGAGGAGGGCGACCAGGAAGUGUUCCAGGUGGAGAUUUGUCGCGAAAACCGGAAGUGCGCAUUCCGGACUGCCGCCGGGAAAUACUGGACCUUGACUGCUAAUGGCGGUCUGCAGUGCACCGCCUCCACCAAGUCGGCUAACUGCUACUUUGACAUUGAGUGGCGUGGGAAGAGGCUGACUCUCAGGGCUGCUAAUGGGAAAUAUGUCGCCGCCAAGAAAAACGGCCAGCUAGCAGCAACCAUCGACUCUGCCGGUGAGUCCGAGGAGUUCCUCAUGAAGCUGAUUAACCGCCCGAUCAUCGUGCUGCGCGGGGAGCACGGCUUCAUCGGCUGCAGGAAGGUGACGGGGACGCUGGACUCCAACCGCUCAACCUACGACUACUUCACCCUGGAGUUCAGGGACGGAGCGUACAGCCUGCAAGACUCCACGGGUAAAUACUGGAUGGCUGGUAACGAGCAAUCGGUGGUGAGCAGCAGCGACACGCCCGUCGACUUCCUCUUCGAGUUCUGUGACUACAACAAGCUGGCCAUCCGCCACGCCGCUGACAGCAAGUACCUCCGCGGCGACCACGCCGGGGUGCUGAAGGCCAACGCCGACGACCUGGAGACUGCCACACUGUGGGAGUACUGAGGGAAGCGGGGGGAUGCGGUCGCCCGCUGUUGCGAUGCUGAUGAAUGAAUGAAGUGUGGCGACGCAGCACAACCCACCCAUACGUCUACCUACCCCCCACUCCCCCCUCCCCUCCUUAUAUUAUGAUACUUAUGACUUUAUAUGUUGAUAAACUGCACAGAGAGAACAGGGAGGAAGGAGACACUCCUUUCCCUCCGUCCUCCCUUUCCUUCCCUUUCCCAGCUCUGCUCUGCAGCGCCAACCUUUAUCUGUUGCCAUAGUUACCGUGGGGGCUGUGCACUUUUUUCUGCUCCGAUCUGGUUCGCUGCUCGACCUGUCACUCACCCCUUCCUCGCCUUACGAUUGGGCCGUCCCUCUCUGCCAGAGCCGCGUUUCAAAGAGCCCCCUCCUCUCAGAGUUAACCCCCUCUUCUUUCUACUCGUCUCUAACGGUGGCAGUAUCUAUGCUACCUGACCGCGGCCGCUAGCUCUGUUUCCUGAUCUAAUCUCCCAAAAACAGAUCCACCAGCGGAUGAAAUCUGCUUCCUGUUAGCUGGAUGCACACGAUGGCGACGGUGGGUCUGUUUUUGUGCGGUUGCGUCGUGUAGAAGCAGAUUUUGUGGCCGAGGUAUGUUUUGUUUUCAUGAGCCUCUGUGAUGACUGUGAUAUAACUGGAGUGGAUCUGAUGAUAAAGAUAUCGAAGAUGAUGUAACUGACCGGUACCCCCCCCCCCCCCCCCAACGUAUUCAUCUCAACUGUAAAAUAACUACGUGUAAACCAGUUUCCUGUGUUGUUCUCUAGCUGUGUUCUCAUUGGUUGCCAGGGCUUGUACCGGACCAAACGGGAUGUAGGAAGUUAAAACACUUACCCCCCCCUCCCCCCACACACACACACACACACUAAACCUAUUGUCCUGAAAACAAUAUAAAGAAAUUAAGAAUAGAAGCGGUGCGGUCACGUACUGUAUGUUUACUGCACUCUCCUGUAUUACUGGAAGAAGAAAAGCUCUGACACACAGCUGGAUUUCUUUUUCUAUGUCCAAGGCACAGACAUUAUCAUGGAUACAGUAGGUAGCCAUAGCAACUGGAGUGAAAUGAUUUAUAGACUCUUUUGAUGAAAGCUGCUUUUUGAAUCCCUCAGCCCAACCUAGACCUCAGCCUUAAUCUAGACCCAACCUUUGGUGCUGGAUUAACAAACCGUCAUCUCACACACACACACACACACACACACACACACACCUGGAACCUGGUGCUACUGUUGUAAUAACUCGUGACCUGUUCAUAAAUGUGACGGUCCUGUCGAGCAUCUCGCACUGUCUGGACCAACAGAUGGUGAGUUUCCCCCCGCCCCUGCACCUGAGAGCCUUGCCACAUAACAGACGGGCUGUAAGGGCGCCCUUAAUAACCCAAAUCUGCUGCUGCUUUAGUUUUAAUGUCCGUCUGAAGCAUCAUGGCAGCCUUCACAAUGAGAUGUGACCAAAUAGUUUUUGUUGGAUUUUUCUGUUCCCGACUCGUCAGUGAAGGGAUAAGUUAUAAAAAAAAGAAAGAAAAGAAGCAGACUUUGAAUUUGUCGUCUCUUUAACUGAAGCGUCUGUUAUGCAGCUGUGUAGCACAAAGCCCCCUCUUUGAGUCUCUGCCCUUCUGCUUUCUCCAUAACAUAUUAAUGGUUUCUAUCUACGGAUUCUUUACAAUACAGCAAAGAUUAUUGUGGCACUGGGCCCUAAAUGAUUGGGCUCUUCCACCAUCCUCCUCAUCAUCACCUUCAUCAAGCAUUCCUCUGAUGUGCAUCAGUCUGGAAAACCAAUCAUUGUAGCCCCAUGAAAUGAUACAUGAUUGUAGCCAGCUCCUCAACAACACCGUUUAAUUUUCACUGAAGUUUUCGAGAGUUGUUUUGCGUGAAGGGUUGAGAAUCUCAAGCGACUAAAAGGAGCGGUUGUCCUCGGAGAAACCUGCGUCUCCAAGGUAACCAAGACCAAGGCUUAGACGGACGAUGUGGAAGGUAAACGUGUGGUAAUGACUGUGCCUUACUCUAGAGUUUUUGGGCAGUAGAAAAAAAAUAGAAUCCACUUUUUUGCUUUGUAUAACUGGAACUUCUUUUUGUAUUAUUAUUUUGUAUAAUUCUUUUGAUAUUGUGGAUUAACCUCUCUCGUGCCAUUGGUUCACCUGAAAUCCAACAACCAAUAAAACUGGGAUUUGGAACGCUACAAGUCUU